AUGUCAACAGCCGGCCUCUCACGUGCGUACGCGGUGCUGCGCCAACUCGAUGUCCUGCGCGCCGAGAGCAUCACCAAUCCGCUGCCCAUGUCCGGCGACCGCCGCUCCCGUGCGCGACGCAAAGAGCGAGGCGGAAGCGAUGUGGGGCGGUCGCUGUUUCCAUCUCGAGAGGAGUUGGCCGUGCGCGGCGUACGUCUGCAGGGAUACCGAACACCACCACCCUCAGACAGGAGAGGGUGGUGUGCCGGCCACGGAGGCGUUAUCUGGGAGGAUUCGAUAGAUGUAGGCGCGACACAGGGGCCGCCUUCCCGCCUUGCCGGGGCGACUGACCACCGUGGCUACUCCUCAAAGCACCCACACGCCUACACACCCGCGCGUUCACACCUCAUCCCUGCAUCCCCCACUCACGACGGACCCCAGGUGGAGUCAUCGCGGCCGGCAGCCGCUGAGAGAGACUGCCAUGCUGCAGCCGCCACCACCAGCGCUGACGUUCAGUCUCGCCGCUCUCCACUCUCUAGCGAGUACGCGCUGGGCGACCGCUACGACCACCAUGCGCCGCCGCCGCCGCCGCCGAGUUGCGGCAGCGGUGCCUCUCCGCUGCUCUUGUCGUCAUCGAACUCCCCUGUCUCACAUCACCGGUACAACACGCAAAUCGCAAGAGAACAACCACUGCGCCGCUCGCCGUCGGCGCGCGUGGCAGUGCCGUCGCCCGUUGUGCUGCCCUCCUCUUUCACGAGCGAGGCAGCGCACGUGGCUGCUGCCCAGACGUCUUCGUUGCUGGAGGUGUACUUUGACAAGGACGACAUGCACGCAGUUCUAGACAGCGUGGCCGCUGCCACUGCUGCUGCUGCUACGUCUCCAGCGCAGCCUGUUACAGUGGCUGCUGGUGCGGCGGAUACUGCAUGUUGCACACACACACGCACGGCUCGUGGCACCCAUCGUGGCUAUGGGGCGGCAGCGGAUUUCAUGCAUAGUCUCGGCGCCUCCGUCGAUGCUUCAGCGACUACGGAGGCUGCCGCCACGCCGUCGUCACUCAGCAACUCUUCCCUGACGGCGAUGGCAGGCGGAGAUGCGCAGUCUGCAAGCGGCACCUCCCUUGUCACCGCAGCCGAUGAUGGGCGACACCCACUUUGGCAGCUAUCCAUGUCAAGGCACGACGUGGGCGACAAGCAACACGGCUGCCGCUCGGCCGCCGCCGCUUCUGCGGCGUCCCUGCCCACGCGCGUGAAGGAUGUCUCCAUCACUCCCAGUGUGGAGCGUCUCCUGGGCGCGCGACACCAAAGAUCGCGGUCUGUUGGGCAGCAGCAUCAGCAGCUGCAGCGAGAAGCAGCGGCCCCUGCAACUGCGGCGUCUCUGCGUCCUCUAUUCUCCCCUCCGCCGUCCGGGGACCUGUCGUCCUUCUACACCGCUGCCGGCCGCAGUGUGCGCGCGGAGGGUGGAGGUAACGCGUACGCGGCAGAGGCACCGCAACACCAGCAGGAAGAGGCGUGCAUCUCUUUGAGCAGACACUCCCGCUUGCCACUGCACGGGAUACCGUCCCCACGUGGUGCAGUCGACGCCGAACCAUCCUCGCCUCGAGUUCUCGCGGAUGGCAGGAGCGAGGGAGUCGGAGAUGAUGGGAGCGGUGGCGCUGACGAGAGUGAGGGCAGCAGCCCUUUGGGCCUCCAUGGCCUCUCCGCAGGCAGGGCUGACGAGGGGAGCAUUGACCAAGACGCGUACCGAAGAGAAGGCGAGUCGCUCCGCCGGCGUGCCCUCCUCGGUGCCGCCGAGGAGAAGUCGGUGCAGAGAGCCGCUGUCGACGACGACCAUCAGCGCCGUGACACACACAGGCCGUCGCAGAACGACUCGAGAGGGCAGGGCGUCGCGUGUGGUGAACGUCGUCGCGUAAUGCCGCUGUUCCCUGCCGCGUACACGAAGGCGGUGCCCUUCCUCGACUACCUGGCGCGCGUCAACGCCGCCGGUUCACACCAGCUGCUCAAGGAGUUGGCUGCCAUGGGCGACGCUUGGGCCACCACCACACCGGCAGAGGACGCCGCCGGGGGUGGAGGUGAGCAUCCUGAGCUUACCGAGCAGGUUGUGGUGGACUGCCUUGCCAUGGACCUGCUCCUCAACAAAUCUGACGCACUUGGGUGCAUUGUGGUGCCUUGGCUGCGCGCGCGUCUGGAGUCGAUGAUGGCGACCCAUUCGGCAGACAGGAUGAACUCCAGCGCCCGAAAGCAUCGCGACCGAGGCAAGGCCGUCGCUGCCAACACACUUCGCCGCACGGGGGAGUCGGAGGCGGAGGGCCUCGGCGAGGGGGAUGCUGCGGCGAACAACAGCGUGCUGUGCGCCAUCAUCGGCCUGGGCCCUGUCGCUUUCACGCUCCUCCCCACCCUCUUACAGCUACUUAUCGGGCUGCCUCCGCCGUCACCAACGUCGAUGUGCGAUGUGCGCCUUGUUGGACUGGCAAUACGCACCGCGGGCGGCGCAGAUGGACUAGAGGCUGUGAUUCGCAUAGUGCAGCAGCAGGCAGAGGGACCGCACGUUCUGGCUGCAGCGGCGUACGCACUUGGCACCUACAGCUUCGAGCUCGUCGGCCAUACGAGCGUCUUGUGCGUUCCAGCUGGCGCGAUGCGUCGGCCUGAUGCGAAGGGAGGCGCAGACUUGCUUUUCCAGCUUGUGCCCGAUGACCUUUCCGCCACUACCGCGGACUUGCUCUCGGCGUCGCCGAUGAUGGAGGAGCUGCGGCCGCUCUUUGGCCGCGACUCUCUCUUGUUCUCUCCCACUGCGACGACAGCAGCGCCGACAGGGCGGCAUCUCCUCUACCUCCAGUCACCACCACCGUACCAGCCCACCCACGUGCUGGUAGACGCGGAGCUCGCACGAUGCGAGUUACUGGCGUACCUCCGCUCCGACCAGUUUCGCGUGACGGACGCGCAUCCGUACGUUAUGGCGCUACUGAAUGAUGCUCUGAGCGCACGGCUGCUGAGCGCCGUCGUGACGCCGGCGGCGCAGAGUCUGUACUCGGCCACCAUGUCGCGGCUGCGCCGAGACCUGCACCGGGUACUGGCUGAAGGUGUUGGCAGCACCGCCCCACACCAACGAGACAAUGACGACGGCAGUGACGUCGAUGAAACGGGGGCAGCUGCGCACGCGCUGCUGCGGCUUCCGCUUCUCCCGUACUCUCUUGAUCGUUUCUUUGCAGAGGAAAAGGAUCUGCUUUUCGCACUGGAGUCGGCGCUGGUGCACGCCUUGUUGGCGCGCUUCGCGACGCCACUGGUGCAGGAGCAGGCGCUCAUGUCGCUGAGCACGCUGCCUCCGGUGGCUCGCGUGCACGUGGUGCAGCCCGUGGUAGACUUCUUUAUGAGGUCGGCACGCACGCUGCAGCUACGACAGGCGACCACGAUGCGACGCUCUGUCGCCCAGGCUGGCCGCACUGACCCUCCGGCAACCAGCCGUGCCCCGCGUAAUGGAGCCAGAGAGGUGGAUGCCGACGACAAUGUCACCGUCGCAGCGGCCAUCGCUGCCGGCACUGUAUGCGUGAACCCCCUCGCCCCGAGCUCGUGCGUAGACAGCUGCGUUGCGUCCCUCGUUCCCGUCUUCCAGGAGUUGCUCCACUCGCCGCUGUGGCGGGUGCGGCACGCGGCGUGUGUGGGGCUCGCGCGCGUUGGUCCAUUGACGGCAGACCCAUCCUCUAUCGUUGACUUCCUGCUCACUUGCCUUGUACUUCACGCCCCUUCGGUGACGGAGGAGAGCACUUCAAACCAGGCGCCGUCUGCCGCCGCCACACGGUCACCAGAGCUGCCAUUGCAGUCUUCCACUGUCGUGUGGUGUCUUGCGCAGCAGCGGCAGGGCGGUGCGCGGGCACUGUUGCAGCUGCUGCAGGACCCCCAGCAGCCUUCGCAAGUGCACCAUUGGUGUGCCUUCCAGCUCGCCGAAGUGGACGUGCGCGAGGCGUGCGCUAAUUUAAACAGGGGCGAGUCCCCUGAAGCCGACGCGCUGCUGGAUGAGAUGGUGCAGGUGCUGGGCAGGCUCAUCGCGACGCAGGGUGCCUUGGAAGAGGACGCUUUGCUACUGUGUGUGCGCGCGUUGGCGGAGGUGGUGCACCGACACUACGUAAAUGCAACAUCGCCGGCCAGCACUGCUGCUGCGAUGAACGCUGUCCUUUUCCUCGACACAGCUGAGCCGUCACAGGAGGCUGCCACCUUGUGCCAGGAGGAGGAGGAGGAGCCUAAUGCCUGCUACAUUGUCCUCACGUCGGUGCUGGAGUCGGCGCUUCUGCCCACCAACGUCCUCAAGGCGCUGUGCCUGUACCUCUGCCGGUACGGCGGUGGCCACGGGGAGCUGUACGCAUGCAAGGCGCUGCUCCAGAGCAGCUCCGUCGCUGUUCGUACCGCUGCCGCAUUUGGGCUGCGGGCCUGCGGCGCCAAGGUUCUGCGUAGCGUCGUGCUGGGCAUGAACGACGACAGCUUCGAUGUGCGGCGGGAGUCCUUCGAGACACUGACUGUCAUCGGUGCAGCUGCGGCGCUGGAGGUGCUGCAUCGGCGACCGGUAGAGCACCGAUAUCAAGUGCAAACCGCACUACGCGAUUGCUUGCUGCAGGAUGCCAGCCGCCCCGUGCCACGCAAGGUCGCCGAGACUCUGUAUCGUGCACUUGUGAGCGAGGAGCCGCUCGUGGCGCAGGAGCUGUCGUAG